AUGCACCGUCCACACAGAUUUGAUCCGCCAUGGAUCGAUUUCUUCACCCGACCCUGUCCUUGGUUCACGAAACAGCUCAAGACUUUUCCUCAAUUUUCUCGACUGCCUAGAGAACUCCAGCUCACGAUCUGGGAGUUCGCUGUACCUUGUCGACAAAUAGUUUGCCUUUCAUACCCAGCAUCACUAUCAGACAACGACGACGACUUUUCUGAGGAGCCUUUUGAGAUUCGUCUGCGGUAUUCAAGGCCAGGAAUGCUCCGAGCCUGCUACGACGCCAGAGUCGCUGGUCUCAGGCAUUUCACCCCGGCGUUCAAAUCCUACCUCCCUUCUCCAGUUCGUUUUAACUUUGACCGUGAUUACAUGGAGUUGAAUAUCGAGAUGGUAGAAUGGAUUGCGCAUACACAUCGAGAGAAACAAUCACCUCUCAUCGAGACUCCACUGGUCAAGAAUCUAGCAGUUUCUGUGCCUCGCCAGUUGACUGCCGAAGAUGUCGUAUUGAUCUGCAGGUACUUCACAGGUCUGGAGUCCUUACUCAUCAAUGAGGCCGAGCUGGAUAGGUCUCGUCCCGCUGCUGGAUAUCCUUGUACAUUCAGUCCAAAGGCCGCCAACUUCAUUGCUCGUCAUCGAUGGGGAGAACUUCGAAGGAUAAUCAUGCGACCCAAACUUGAGAAAUGGGUCCCUCCCGUCCUUAUCAUUGGAACGGAUACGCAAUGGGCUUGGCACGCACUGAACUUUUCGUGGGUCGUCUGUCGUCCUGUGGACCAUGUUGACUCCAUGGAUUGGCAACCAACUAUCACCACUCCAAGUCUGGAGUAUGUUCCAAGGCUCGCGGCAGUCAGUGGCCCAUCUUCAGCAUUAACUGUCCCGAACGAUACCACCACUGACAGAUUACUCGAAGAAUAUGUCCAGGAACAUUAUAACAUCAGGUCAUGGGUCUUUGAGGAUAUUUCUAUUCGGUUUCGUGUCCUUGAUGCGAAGAGUGGACUAGAUUUUGAGAAGGAUUGGCCUGGACGCCGCUAA